AUGGCCCCCCUCUCCAUCGCCGACCUCGUGGCGGCCCUCCCCGCCGAAGACACUUGGGGCCCCGCGACCUCGGGCGACAACAUGCUCAAUGGCGUCCCCUAUGCUCCCUUCUCCAAGGGUGACAAGCUGGGCCGCAUGGCUGACUGGACUGCCGAGUCCAAGGACCGCGAUCGUGCCGGUCGUCAGGCCUACAACCGCAACUACAGAGACCAGCAAGUCUACGGUGCCGGUAGCUCCAGCCUCUUCUCGAUCCAGGCCGCCGAAGAGGAAUCCUCUUUCUCCGUCGUCGACAACACUCGUACCUCUGCCAAGCGCACCUUUGGUCGUGGCGGCGGCACCGUCUUCCGUGGCCGUGGCCAGCGCGGCGGUGCUCAGCGUGGUGGUCGCGCUGGUUUCCAGCGCGUUGGUGCUGGCCGUGGCCAGGGUGACCGCUAUUACGACAACCGCUCGGGUCGCAGCAACCGCGGCCGUCGCUUCGGAUGGAAGGACUACGACAAGCCUCAGCGCACCCGGGAGCCUUCGGUCAACGUUCGCCCCGACUGGACCAUGCUGGAGGAGGUGGACUUCAGCCGUCUUUCCAAGCUGAACCUCGAGACCCCCGACGGCGAGGACCUCGACUCGUACGGUUUCCUCUACUACUACGACCGCUCCUACGACAAGGCCCCCGUUAAGAACGCCGAGCGUCGCCUGCAGGCCCUCGACCGCGGCUCGCCUACAACGUCACCACCUCCCAGGACCCCGUCAUCCAUUUUCUCGCGGAGAAGAACGAAGCGACCAUCUUCGCCACCUCGGGACAUCCUGUCGAUGCUCAUGUGCGCCACCCGCAGUGUGUACUCGUGGGAUAUUGUCAUCGUGCACCAGGGCAACAAGAUCUACUUCGAUAAGCGUGAGGGCGCUUCUCUCGACAUGGGGACCGUCAACGAGAACGCCGCGGAUGCGCCUCUCGAGCUCGCCGAGACCUCGGGCAAGCAGGAAUCCAUCAACACCCCCAGCGCGCUCGCCAUGGAAGCCACCUUCAUCAACCACAACUUCGCCCUGCAUACCGUGACCGAGUCCGAGAGCGCCAAGCUGGAGAUGAGCCAUCCCAACCCGUUCUACAACGCGUCCCGAGGAGACCGAGCCUCUCGCGUCCAAGCUUACAAAUACCGCCGCUUUCUACCUGUCUCUUGGAGCGGGACGAGGAAGCCGUCACAUGGUCGUCCGGACGGAGGUUGA